CUGCAACCUCAUGGUUCCUAGUCGGAUUCGUUAACCACUGCGCCACGACGGGAACUCCAUCCACUUCCUUAAUUUUUAAGCAAGUUGCUUUCUUUGGGAAAAAAAUCACCAAGCUAAGGUUAAAUUUAUUCAGCUGUUAUUCAGAUAUGUGCAUAUUUUGAAAGAUGAAGAUUUCAAUUUUUUUCUCUUUAUGCUUCGUUUUCUUUUUCGUUCUGAAUACCCGCAUUGCCAAGUGAAUUGGCAAAUUCUAAGCAAUUUUCACUCAUGCGAAUCUGAUUAACAAAUCAUGCCCCUAAAAACGACCUCACCACUUUCUUGAAUGAGGACUAUAGAUGGCACAUAGUAAAGAAGAAUAAAUUUCUGACUACCAAAUAGCAGUGCAUCAUUAGUGGACAAAGCUAGUGGCAUUAGGGAUAACGGAGAAGGAGUGAUGGAUGAGAGCAACGUGUUCCCUAGACAUUUGCAGUAUGGUCCUGUAGGCUCAGCAGAAAAAACUAUAUUACUGAAAAGCCCAAACUAUUCCCUAGUGCUUACAGAGAAUCACUACAGAGUUCACACUUUCGUUGAACCCAAAGGUCUCGUGGCUGGACCUUUCAGAAUGAUCCGUAGCAGGUUCUAUAUGUGUUGCUGCUAAAUCUGGACACACUCAGGGACUCAGAACCUCAAAAACCCUGUGAUUCCAAGAACUUUCAGUACCAGGGGAAUGCAGAGUACCAUUAUUACUUGUGUCAAAACAACCUUUUGUAGCCAACAGUGGCCACUGCUCAGCAGGAGGAUACUCCAGACCAUAGGAACAGACAGAGAGAGUCUAGAUUCCCUCCUUUUUACAUCCAUCCUGCCCUAAAGAUGUUGAGAGAUAUCCUUCCUCCAAAGGGACACAAAAGGCAGGGCCCCAGAUAUAAGAGAUUCCUACAUACCUUGGUUUAUUCAUUUGUAAAAUGAACAUAAUAAUCAUCAUGUAGUAGAGUUGAUGUGAGAGAAAAUGUAUGCAUUUGUUCGAGCAGAAAGUAGGUACUCAGUGAACAGAAACUUAUUAUGCUCUGUUCGUACAUUUUGAGUGUUUAGCUUGUGGGCCAGACAAUUGCAGUUUUUCCAGCCGUUGAGUCUGUCAUUGAUUGAGUCAUUCCUCAAUGCGCGUUUUUGAAUGCAUUAGAUAGCCUUGAUUGUUCUGCACACAGAGCAUAGACAUGUAUAAAACAGGGUCUCUAUCCCUAAGUUGUUAAGAAUCUAGUCAAGAAGUUAAUUCUAGGAAACUGUGUGAAUGACUGUGACAGGGGGUUGGUAAGGUACCUUGGAGGAUAGAAAAGGAAGUGAUUCACUGUGCCUGGGAUUAAGGAGGGAGCGAGAGUCAUGGAAGAUAUUCCAGAAUAGGUGACAUUUGAGCUGGCCUUUGAAGGAUGGGUAAGAGUUCACCAGGUAGAGAUGGUAGGGAGAGCAUUUCGAGAAGACUAAAUAGGAAACAGCAUGGACAUAGUCAUAAGGGUAUGACGUGUUUGGAGAACGUUAAGUAUCCCGGUGAUUAUAAUUGUGGAACAGGAUUGAGUGACAGCAGGGUUGGGAGGGUAUGGGCUGAAAAUAUACUUCAGGGUGAGCUUUCCAAAGGCCCUAAAUGGGGCGUUCCCUCUGUGGCGCAUUUGGUUAAUGAUCUCGCAUUGUCUCUGUGGUGACCCGGGUUCAGUCCCUGGCCCAGUGCUCUGGGUUAAGGAUCCAGGGUUGCCACAACUGUGGUGUAGGUCGCAGCUGUGGCUUGGAUUUGAUCCUUGGCCCUGGAACUUGCAUAUGCUGUGGGUGCAGCCAAAAGAAAAGGCCCUAAGUUGCAUUCUGAGGACUUGAAGCUAAACACUGUGGGCAGAAAGAAAAUAGAAUGGGUAGCGUAACUAUUUUCCCAAAUUAAAAAUGUUUUUCAACUUGCUGGGAACAUGUCAACUAGUAAACCUAGUUGUCUAAACUCUUGAGAAAAAUAACUUAUAGAAGGAGAAAUCCAAAAUUUAAUCAGAAACCUGACCUCUGACCAUUGAUUUAAAAAAAAAAAAACAACCCAUUACAAUAAACUUGCCUGCUCCACUGCUAUUUCUCUCCCUAGGCAGAUGGCUUAGAAACACCAUUUUCUUUUUUAUCUAGUCACAGUAACUUAUAUAGAAUGGAUAACCCGAUGCAAUAAAUUCUGUCUUUGUUCCCGAUGCAAGUAAUAGUCCCAUUUCUGCAGGGAAAGCAACUGCUCCUGGACCACAGGCAGGAAGAGGAGGCUGAGUUGAACUGUAGCUGAACUCCAUUUAAUUCUUCUUUUCAACUAUCAAUCCCCAACUAUUCCUUGACCUCGCUUUACCAUCUCCUCCGCAAACAUUCCAGUCCCUUCAUCCAGAGAAGCUCAUUGAGACUCCCAAACCACCCACCCAACUUCCCAAACAAAACAAUCUAACCCCAGAUAUCUAGAGCUCAAAAAGGAACCCCUGCUGACUUCCAAAUAAGGUGGAUUCUUGGCAUCUGAAGAUUCAACAACUGUCAUUCCAACUCUUUGUGAGUGACCCUGACAGUCAUUUCUAUUUUUGGUGGGGCAUGAAUUUCGAGCACUGCAGCAAACCUAAGGGAAGUCCAGACAGUUGCUAGCCUCUACAUCUCAAGGUGGCUUUGUUUAUUCUGCUUGUCACAUAUACCUUUUUUUUUUUUUUUUCAGGAAGUUUUGUUUCAUUGUACUUGAUGAGGGAUAUGGAUAUUAACCAAGUCACGACUUCAUACUUCAAUAUCAUCUGCAAUGGGCCUUUCUCCUGAGCACUCCCCCAGCUCCAACACCAAGGUCAUUGAAUGCCUCCUCAUCCAUGUGCAGAUCAGAGCCUGGGAGAUAGAUAGCAGUGGCUGUGGACUUCAGCAAGCAUGUGAUCUUCGCCCAAAGAAACUUCUUUCAGUGAGAUCAGUCUGUGGAGCAGCCCAAACGAAGAGAAGGUGCCAGGCCAAGUGGCAUCAGAGCCGAGUGAUGGAUGACCUGCAGUCCCAGAACCUGUCCAUGGACAUGACCGACUCGGCCCCCGCCUUGGCCAGCAACCGCCUGGAGAAUGGCAUGGCCCAGCUGAUCACCACCGAGGCCUGGAACAUCAACUCCACCGACCUGGUGAAGAAGGCCCUGGUGACCGUGCCGGCGCCGUCCAUUCUGAACCCGCCGGCCGAGUCCCAGAGCGGCAUGGCCCUGAAGGUGGCGGCCACCGUGCUGCAGCCCCUGUGCCUCGGGGAGAGCCCGGUGGUGAUGCCCAUUCACAUGCAAGUGGAGGGCAGCUCGGCGCCCGAGCUCAACCCCAACGGCAACGCCACCUACGUCAUGACCACGCAGGGCCCCGUCCAGCUGCCGGUGGUGCUGGAGCAGCACGUCUUCCAGCACCUCAACUCGCCGCUGGUCCUGCCCCAGGAGGCCCCGUGCUCCUCCGGCGCCGUCCACAGCAACCUCUUCCAGGGAGCCGAGGACCCGGAGGCGCAGCCCCAGCUCCUGGACCUGAGGAUCCCCAGCCAGCCGCAGGAGCCCAGCCUGCCCUUCGAAGCCGUGCUCCAGAAUCUGUUUCCCUCGCAGGGCGCUCUGGGCCCCCCACCCUGUCAGCCUCCUCCGGGCUACGCCCCCGUGCCCCCCCAGCCCUUUAACGCCCCGCUGUCGCCCCUGGUUCCGCCGGCCACCCUCUUGGUGCCCUACCCCGUGAUCGUGCCCUUGCCGGUGCCCGUCCCCAUCCCCAUCCCCAUCCCCGUGCCUCAGAGUUCCGAGUCCAAGUUCAGCCCCGGCUGCCCCAAGGCGCCGUCCUCCUUCGGCCUCCAGCCCUUUAGGGGCGGCCCGCCCGCCGUGCAGAAGGAGGAACUGAAGCCCUUCGAGCUCCUGCAGCCGCGGGAGUACUUCCAGCUCAGCCGCCACACCGUCAUCAAGAUGGGCAGUGAGAACGAGGCCCUGGAUCUCUCCAUGAAGUCGGUGCCCUGGCUCAAGGCUGGCGACGUCAGUGCCCCCGCCUGCCAGGAAGACGCGGCCCUCGACCUGUCGCUAGCAACCCACCGGCGAUCGGAGCCCCCGCCACCGCCGGAGACACUGUGUGACAGCAGCGGGGCGGUGGAUGGCCCCGGUCACGCCGCGAUGGAGACACCGCCCGGUGGUGGUGUGGAAGUGCCCUUUGCCCCCGCCACACCCCACGAGGCCGCCGCCGCCGCCGCAAUGGAGAGGCACCUGGGCGGCAGUGACGCUGCCGAGCCCCCUCGCCAGCCCAGCGGCGAGGUCAAGGCUGAGAAUAACAUUGAGCUCGGGAGCGAGUCCCAGGCGGCCAAAGUGAUUGUCUCCGUGGAAGACACUGUGCCCACCAUCUUCUGUGGCAAGAUCAAAGGCCUCUCGGGGGUGUCCACCAAGAACUUCUCCUUCAAGAGAGAAGACGCCAUGCUCCAGGGCUACGACAUCAGCAGCCAAGCGGAAGAGUCCGCGGGCAGCGCGGAGCCCCUUAGGAAACCCAUCAAAAACCGGAGCAUAAAGUUAAAGAAAGUGAACUCCCAGGAAAUACACAUGCUCCCCAUCAAAAAACAACGGCUCGCCACCUUUUUUCCCAGGAAGUAAAUAGUGGCUUUUUAAAAUUUUUAUGAUUAUAAUAUGGGGAAAGGUGCAUUGGUUUUAUAAAAAGGCAUUUAAAACAAAUUAUCUUUGUUAAUUAUUUGGGGGAGUAGUUGGGGAGCGGGAAUGUGAAUUGGCUGUAGAGGCCCUGUAAGCUAGUAUCAUUUUCUUUUUUAAUUUUUGACUUUUCACAAAUGAGUAAAUAAGAGCAACCUAUUUUUCAAGCAGAUUGCACAUUUUUUGCAGCUUUAAUGGAAUAUUGGGUGAAUCAGAGGGGUAAAAAAGCUAUUUUCAUUGCCACCAAGUGCUUUGAUGAUGUAAUACCUAAUAAAGGGUAGGAUGACUAUUUCACAAUAAAUGUUUGUUUGCACUAA